GGAAUACAAGAAAUACUGAGCUCUGCGAUCGUUGCUGAUGCUGAGGUGUUUUUAGCAAGAAACUAAAUGGGGUGUUGCGGUUGGAUAUUACAUGUAUUUGGCGUUAUACUAGUGCUUUUGCUGUCAUUCAGUGAGGUCUUGUGCAUUAUUUGCCCAAAAACCGGAGAAACUUGUGACUCCUGCUGUGACGGCCGAUGCUGCGUUGACGCUGAUGAGAAGGUGUCCUACACUUACAGCAUUUCCUUCUGGAACCUCUGGUAUUUCUGGUUUGUUGUAUUAUUCAUUCUGAUGUCUUGUUUCGGAGGAUGUGGCUACUACAAACACAGACAACAAGUAUUAAGUGAGCCACGGGACACUUUCGUAUUCAGAGGAGGCCGCAACGCCAGAAACACACCAGGUUUUGGUACUAGCACUGGCCAACGUUCCACUAAUGUAACAAAUGUUCGUCCGCCCAGGCCUGUGCCCUCACAACCGCUGUCCAUCAGUAUGCCUCCGCCAUAUUCAGAGGUGGUUAAACAGCCAGGAAAGCACUUUGAUGCAAAGCCACCUCCAUACCCAGGGAGAAAACCAGACAUCCCUGCCAGUGUAUCUUCAGGCGGGGAGAAACCGCCAGACUACUAUAAACAAACUACCCAGGGAGAGAUGAAAAAGUUCUGAAGGAUCAGCACGCUCUUUAGCUUUUUGUUUUACAACUCAAUUUUAGCAUUGUAAAAGUAGAGAUUUCUUCAUUACCUGGUAUUCUGAAAGAUAAUAUUUAACAAAUAAUACGACGAGUCAGAUAUGUAUCAAACUUAUUAAGAUGGUUAAAAAGGAUAAAAUCCUGGAUUUAUUAAGGUAGCUCACUACACUAAAGCUUAUACUCUGUAUGACAUCACGUCACAAGAUGGCGAUUUAAAUGUUUUGUGAAAUUACUUGUAUCGAUCGAUUUGUUUGUCUAUCAUCGUAGCUCAGUGGUUAAAGCAUUGGGCUGGUGAACCGCAGAUUUCGAAUUUAGAUCCCCUUGAAUCUUUUAUUCAUAUGUGUUGAAAUAAUUUUUUUGAAAAUCAUGUUUUCAUCCAAAUUUGUAUAUUUUUUGCCUUUUUGGCAUUUACACUUAUUGUAUAUCAUCAUAUCUUUAAAUUAUAAUUAAAUCAAUUUGUACUGAC